AUGUAUCUGACAGUCCUUGUAUCAUUCCUUUAUGUCAUAUUGUUGUGUCUGGCUGACAAGACGCCAUUCUACACUAAUUCGAAUUACAACACUGGCGCAUAUGGAAAGUAUGUCACGCAAGACUUCGUCUCGAACCCUGAGGUUACCAGCGCCGUGGCCGAACCGACACCGAUGAUACUGGACAUUCACGGUCGAGCGAUCUGGGCAUCAACGAAUAGCUAUGGCCAAGUCUAUAAUCUACAGGUUCAAGAGUUCAAGGGCAACCAAUACUUGACAUUCUGGGCUGGUAACGAUGCAGUAGGGGGUCAUGGUGUUGGCGAGUACUACAUGCUCGACCAGCACUACAACGAGCAGUUUCGCAUCAAAGCAGCCAACGGUCUCGGCGCAGACCUGCAUGCAUUUACGAUCACCAAAGAUAACACAGCACUGAUCAGCAUUUACCAAGCCAUUGCAGUGGACAUCUCAGGCAAGGCAAAAGCGCGGACCUCGGGCUGGAUCUGGGACUCCGUCUUUCAAGAGAUCGACAUUGAGACCGGCGAGGCACUGUUCCAAUGGCGAGCAUCUACUCACAUACCGAUAACGAAGUCUUACACCGAUAUGAAUGACGCCGUGGAGGACGAUCCAUGGGACGUGUACCACAUCAAUAGUGUCGAAAAAGAUGGGCUGGGAAAUUACCUCGUGUCUAUACGCUUCCUGCGCGCACUAAUCUACAUCGAAUGCGAAUCUGGCAAUGUGCUCUGGCAGCUUGGCGACCGAGACAACUCGUUCCAUGACCUGUCCAAAGGCGAAGCCACGACAUUUGUGGGUCAACACGACGCGCACUGGUACGAUGGCCACAACUACAUCACCUUGUUCGACAACCGUGCGGACUGGUACCAUCAGGCUAGCGACCAGUCGCGCGGAGUCAGGGUUGCCAUUGACCUGGACAACAUGACUGCCAAGCUGGACCAGACCUUCACUGAUCCUUUUAACAAAAUCUUGAGCACAUCGCAAGGAUCUGUGCAGACUCUACCGAACGGCAAUGUCCUGCUUGGCUAUGGCUUCAACGGUGUCGUCGCCGAGUUUGCUUCCAACGGAGAGCUCCUCUGUGACAUGUACAUGCAACCUGCGAGUACUUUCACUUCUGGUGAUGUACAGAGCUACCGCAACCUCAAGUUCAACUGGACUGGCCUCCCGGACACUAAGCCAAGUCUGCUCUUGGAAGACAGCAAGCUAUACAUGUCUUGGAACGGCGCCACUGAGAUUGCUACGUGGUUGCUGGUAGGCUCUGACGAGGACGAGAACCUGAAGCACACAGAAGAGGCCAAGAAUCAUGACGAACCGAGAGGGAUCGAUGGCGCCCUUGUUGUCGUUAAGACGGGCUUCGAAACAGUCUAUGAUGUGCUCAAGAGCAGCCGCUUGAGACAGUAUGUUUGCGUCAUUGCGAUCGAUCGCAACGGGACACCGCUGGGCACGUCCAACAUUGUCGACAUAGGUGGACUAGCAAUGCCCCAAGAUGAGGCUGCUGCUGCAGAAGCCGAAGAUGCUGAUGCGCCGGCAGACUAUGAAGACGAUACGACGGACUUGGCCACGCAAGAGGACUUGGAGAAGGAUGUGGAAGACUUGCAGAUCAUCGUCUUUCUGGGUGCGCUGGCGCUCAUGAGUGCUAUGUUCAUCGCAUGUCUGACCCUCGGUAAGGACCGUCUUCUGCAACCAUUCAGCAGAGCGGUGUAUAUGGCUGUACCGAACGAAGAGAAGUUGACUCCAAAGGUUGGCAACUCUCAUAGCUGGCCCCUUAGGGUGAAGCGAGCGCUGAAAAGUGCCCUCUUCAGGUGGAGAGGAAGAGAUGGCGCCACCGAAGUUGCAGCUCAACAAGGACUGCUGGCCAACGACAACCAAACCAGGGCAGAAGAGGGCCACAGUCAUUACCCAGAAGUUCAGGAAAUUCAUAGCUCCACCACAGGUGUUGUAUGA